AAAAAUAUGGAAGCAAAAAAAGUAAGAAGAAAAAAUAUAUCAGUUGACUUACAAGUCAAACUAAAAGCAAUAAAUGACUACCGUAACGGAGUAACAACGACAGACAUCUCCAAAAAAUUAGGAGUUCAUAAAUCAACAAUCCUCCUUUGGGUAAAAAAAGAGAAUGUAAUAAAAGAAUGGAGCGACGGGUGUCAGAACCACAUCCCGGAGUCCAGGAAGAGACUGCGCAAGCCAGUGUAUGACGAGGUAGACAAAGCGAUGUGGCUGUGGUACCAAGAACGGCUCCGAACUGGAGCACCUAUCAGCGGGCCACUUAUCAAAGAACAGGCUUUGAAAUUCGCCAAGUUGCUGGACGAUGACACUGAGUUUAAUGCGAGCCAAGGUUGGCUCGCUAGAUGGAAGAAGCGGAAUGGAAUUAUCAGUUUUACCCAUGAUGAUAAACCUUUAGAAAAAGACAAAGAUAAAGAGAAGGACAAGGAUACAAAUGGAGACAGUGAAAUGGAGGUGGAAGAAGAUUCCACAUUUUCCUUUAAUGAAAUAGUCACCAAAGAGAAGCUGACUCCCGACCAAGUAUUCACCUACGGCGAGACUAGUCUACCUUACAGAGAAAUUCCAAGCGCGCUGUUGAGCUCCAAGCACAGAGCUGACGUGGAGCAGUUUAAAGGUUUGAAGGAGCGAGUGACGAUGAUGGCUUGCAGCAAUUCCUCUGGUAGAUUCAAGUUGCCGCUGGUGAUAGUAGGCAAAGCUGCGAUUCCUAAUUCUGUUAAAUCUCUGAGCUACUUACCGGUAAAAUAUAAGUGCAAGAAAAAAAUAUGGAUGAACCACAACUCCUUUGAGGAAUGGUUCUACGAGGAGUUUGUUCCCGUAGUGUCCAGGUUUUUAGCGAAACAGAAAUUGCCGGAAAAAGCGAUCUUGUAUGUGGACAGCUCGAUGACCUACACGCAAAUUUUGAGGAGAGGAGACAUCAGAGUCGAGUUCUUUCCCAGUCAGGUGGUGAAUAUUAUGUCGCCGAUGAGCCAGGAGUUUUUUAAAAGCGUCAAGAUGCUAUACAGGCUCAGGCUCUUGUCGUUUAUUCUAGAUAAUUUUAAUACCGGGCUUACUGUAAUUGAAUCUCUGUCGAAGAUCACUGUUCAGAAUGUAAUUUUCUGGGCGACUAAUGCCUGGAUUUAUACUCCAGUUUAUAAAAUUGUCAAUGCUUGGAAGCAGCUGUGGCCGGAAAUUGUUGCCAAGAUGGAAACCCCUCUGGGAAAUAUAGAAGACGCUGACGAGUCUAUUAAACUCCAAGCUGAAGACUUGAUAAACCAGAUCUGCGACCUUCUGAAAAAUUACUACAAUUUCAGAGAAAUAGACAUUCAAGAAGUCAACGAGUGGGUUUGCUCCAGCUCGGUGUCUGAAGAGACUUUUAAUGAAGACAUUAUCCAGGUAGUGAGAGAAGAAAAUGAAAAGACCAAGAGAGAUAUCACUCAGGUGGAUCCUUCAGAGUAUCGUUUAGCGUUGAAAAAUAAUUUAGAUAAAUUAAUAGAGCACUGUACGGGUAAUAAACAUUAUUCGGCUCUUCAGUUUGAGGCUCUGAAGAGUGUGCGUGACUCUUUGAAGUCAGAGUUUUAA